UAUGCCAGAGCAGAGUCCAAAUUUUAUUCCGGUACAGGGAUGACUUUCUGUGUGGCCUCUCUGGCUCUGGAGCUAAUUUGGAUGCUGAGUAGCCCCGCAGGUCCCUCCAGCUACAAGGUGGGCACCAUGUCUGAGAAAUUCGACUGUCACUACUGCCGGGACCCCCUGCAGGGGAAGAAGUAUGUGCAGAAGGAUGGCCACUACUGCUGCCUGAGGUGCUUUGACAAGUUCUGUGCCAACACCUGUGCAGAAUGCCACAAGCCCAUCGGUGCGGAUUCUAAGGAGCUACAUUAUAAGAACCGCUACUGGCAUGACACCUGCUUCCACUGUUACAAGUGCCAUCACCCUCUGGCCAAUGAGACCUUUGUGGCCAAGGACAACAAGAUCCUGUGUAACAAGUGCACCACUCGUGAGGAUUCCCCCAAGUGCAAAGGGUGCUUCAAGCCGAUUGUGGCAGGAGAUCAAAAUGUGGAGUACAAGGGGACCAUCUGGCACAAAGACUGCUUCACCUGCAGCCACUGCAGCCAAGUCAUCGGGACCGGAAGCUUCUUCCCGAAAGGGGAGAACUUCUAUUGCGUGACUUGCCACGAGGCCAAGUUCGCCAAGCAUUGCGUGAAGUGCAACAAGGCCAUCACAUCUGGAGGAAUCACUUACCAGGAUCAACCCUGGCAUGCCGAUUGCUUUGUGUGUGUUACCUGUUCUAAGAAGCUGGCUGGGCAGCGUUUCACCGCUGUGGAGGACCAGUAUUACUGCGUGGAUUGCUACAAGAACUUUGUGGCCAAGAAGUGUGCCGGAUGCAAGAACCCCAUCACUGGGUUUGGUAAAGGCUCCAGUGUGGUGGCCUAUGAAGGACAAUCCUGGCACGACUACUGCUUCCACUGCAAAAAAUGCUCCGUGAAUCUGGCCAACAAGCGCUUUGUUUUCCAUGAGGAGCAGGUGUAUUGCCCCGACUGUGCCAAAAAGCUGUAAACAGGCAGGGGCUCCUGUCCUGUAAAAUGGAAUCUGAAGCUUGUGCAUUGUGUCCCCUUUCUGCCCUAUACCAUCAAUAGGGAAAGAGUGGUGUUUCACUCCUCAAAGUUGUUUCUCUGUCUUUUUUCCCCCAUUUUACAGUAUUACCCAAAGGGCACACACUGAUCAUACUAGGAUUUAGCAAACAGCAACUCUGCGGCAAACUUCACUUCUCUGUAGCUGCGAUCUGAAAAAACGCAAACUUAGAUAGAUUGACUCUUCUGCAUGUUUAUCCUAGAGCAGAAAAGUGCUAACCAUUUAGCCACUUAGUGAUGUAAGCAAGAAGCAUAAGAGAUACCCCCAUCCCCGAGGUGGCUUUCAGGGCUCAGCUGGGACCCACUGUGUUGUAACGCAUAGUCACAUGCAAGAGUUGCAGCGGCUGCUUCAACUCAGGCUGCUCACCCAGCUCUGGGAGUAAAGAACUCCCCACAAUGCAUGGUUUAACUUCCUCAUCCAAACUAUUACCUUCCUCUGUUCUUUGUGCUUUCGAAUGACUAACAGGACUUUCCAGAAAAUUAACAUUUGAACGUAGCUGUAAUUCUAUCUACAAUUGAUCUUUCUCCAUACUAACGUUUGAUUUCCCUGUGCGGUAUGUUUUCUGAGUGUUCCUACCUUAAGUCUGGAACAUGCAGGUGAUUUGGAAAGUGUAGGCAGAUCUGAGAAAACAUGAGCCUGUUACAGAUGAACAUCGUCACAGUGGAUACUUUUGGAAGCUUAACAAAACUAACCCCGCUGUCCUUUUUAUUUGUUUAAUUUUUUUUUGUUUUAAUUAAUAGUGACAUAGUUUGAGUUUUGAAACUUGCAUGACAAUAUUUUAGUCCCUUCAAAUGUUCCUGCAGUUUUGAAAUUCAUCCCACAGAAGUAAAACUCUAGAGGGGUCGCUGAGCAGGCGCCAGAGCCAUCAUCGACACGGACAUGGCAUUUCAAAGCGGUGAUGAGUUGAAUCCCUUGUAACAUAGUAGUUGUCUGCUCUUUGUCCAUGUGUUAAGGAGGGCCACCAAGUCCCUUCUCUUGUGAUCUCUAGGACUUUCCUCAAGAACUAGCUGGAUCUCUGGGGGGAGUGGGAGGUCAUCAUCCUCACGGGUAGAACCAGAUUUCCACCUACUGCUUACAAGAAAUGCAGGAUCUCCUCCUUACUGUAUUCUACAUUAUUAUAUUGCAUAGUAUAAUGAGACAAUAUCAGAUGUAAACAUGUAAUGACAAUACAUAUUAACAUUCUUGUAGGAGUGGUUAUAGAAGCUGAUGCUUCAUUUCUACAUUUUGUCAUUAGCUAUUCUCAUCUAAUGUUUCAGUGUAUCCUUAGAGAAAUAAA